UUCGAAACGACAAGAAUGACUGGUCAUUGGAACACAAUCGAAUCUUCUUUGUAUACCUUAUACGAUAGAAAGAGAGAUCUCGAAACCAUAGUUUCGAAUUCGAUCGCACCUCAUUGUCUAAUCUCAUAUGUUAAAAAGAGAAGUGUGAUUGAACUCAAGCAUCGGAUUCUCACUGCAGUGUUUGGUAACCUUGAACUGUGAAGUGUUGACGUCAGAAUGGUGAAAAUUCUGUUUUUCGUAGACGAUUAAUAUAAUAUUUAUAAAAGUUGUACUUGAAUGGGCGCCGUCGUACUACAGUUGGAGUGCACCUUAUUAAAAUUAAGAAGUAUAUCAUUUGGAAUUCUGGCUGUCUGAACGAUUUCAUGGUCGUUGUGUGAAAAGAAAUAAGCAGAUCGAUACGGAAGAGAAUCCGGACCUUGUGCGAGCACCUCAUUCGUUCGUAAUUCACAGAGGCAUACCUGGAGAACACAUAGUUGAACUCACAAAAGACUUUCGCAGAGUUAUGGAACCUUUUACAGCUAGUGAUUUGAAAGAAAGGAAACGAAACACUAUAAAGGAUUUCGUUUCUGUUGCUGGUGUCCUUCAUGUUACACACAUGUCCAUUUUUACCAGAACAGAAAAUGGAAUGUAUUUAAAAUUGUGCAGAGUACCAAGAGGGCCAACGUUAAUGUUCAAAAUCUAUCAUUUUUCGCUCUCUCGCGACGUUGUGUCUUUAGCUAAAAAACAAUUUGUGUUCGAAGAAGCCUUUAAAAAUUCACCACUCAUAGUACUAAACAAUUUUAGUGGUGAGGGAAUGCAAAUGAAACUUAUGGCUUCCAUGUUCCAGAAUAUGUUUCCUACGAUAAAUUUGACAACGGUUAGGUUGAGUUCGAUACGUCGCUGUGUUUGCCUAAAUUAUAACUCCGCCACGAAAUUGAUCGACUUUAGGCAUUAUGCGAUUAAAGCAGUCCCUGUUGGCCUCUCUAGAAGUGUCAAAAAAUUGGUACAGGCGAGAAUACCAAAUCUUUCGAAAUGUCAAGACUUCUCAGAAUUUAUUUCAAAAGCGACUGUCUCGGAAAGUGAGGGUGAAGACGAUCCAGCAAAUCACGUUACAUUGCCACAAGAAUUAUCUUCUAGAGGAAAUCACGAAAGUAGUAAAAGCGCGAUUAGACUUUUUGAACUGGGACCCAGAAUUUCUAUGCAGUUGAUAAAAGUUGAAGACGGACUACUGGAAGGUGAAGUUCUCUUCCACGAUUUUAUCGAAAAGUCGGAAGAAGACAAGCUUUUUAUCCAAAAAAGACGAGAGAAGAAGAAGAAGUUAAAGGAAAACCGGAAAAAGGCGCAGGAAGAGAACAAGAAGAAGAAAGAAAGGAAAAAGGAGCAAGCGAAGGAAAAGUCUCUGAAAGGAAUGCAAAAAAAGAAGAAGGAAACUGAUAUAUUGAUGCACAAAAUCGCUAAGGAAUCUAACGAGGGAGAUAAGGAAGAGGAUGAUGAUUCUCAAUAUUACCGAGACGAAGUUGGAGAGGAACCUGAUAAAGAACUGUUUGAUGGAAGUGUCAAGAAAAGGAAAGUUCGUUCGUUUGCACCAAGAUAUAAAUCGAAAAAGGCCAAAACCAGCGCCUAAUUUUAUGUUAUUUGGUCAAUAAAAUAUUUUAUUCCCCCGAACAAAAAGACUGGUUUCACUAAUAAAAGUUUAUUGAAAAAGA